AUGGGGACCUUCCCUUUUGCACUCGGGCGCGCAGCUGUCUUCCAACCUGGGACUGGACACGGGCUAGAGCAUCUGACUUGUCAGCCGAUUGUGAUGCAAAGAGCCUUCUCGUACGGUGGACCACGUGUCGACGGCGUAGAACCUGCUCAACUUCCGACUUGUGGAGGCACACUGCGGAUCAGCGGAAGCAACCUUCAAAGAGCGACUGUGCGGAGAGGAGGAAGACAACGUGGCGCCGGUUUCUCGGACGUUGAGUGCAGUGUGCUGGAGAGCACGCGAACACAUGUGACCCUGCGCGUUGAAGCGGGCCUUGGCAAAGCCCAUCGUGUAUUGCUCGGGAACGCGUCCGGCACAACUUCCGUUUCGUCCGGGUACGAAGAGCCUUCAAUCACGGAGGUGCGAGUUGGUGACAAGCCUCUCGAGACUGCGGGUGGGCAAACCGUCGAAGUGGUCGGUCAAAACUUGGGGAUCGGUUUGCCAGACGAGCUCACCGUACAAGUUGGCGGACAAACGGCGAAGUGGAGAAUGGUCGAGGAGCACAUCCGCCUCAUCGUCACCCUGCCUCCUUCGAACGGGGGCCACCAGAACCUGCAAGUCUGGGUAGGGCAAACUCUUCAGCAGCGCCCCUCUUCCAUCACUCCAGCCUGCCAUCUCAGAUACGACCUACCGAAGGUGCUCUCUUGUACAGAAAUAGGUCGAGUAGGGCAGAUAGUAACCGUGGGAGGAAGCAACUUCGGGUCGGCUGGUGAGAUCGCUGUGCGCAUCGGCGGAAUUUCGUGCGAAAAAGCUCAAGUGUCCGUUAGACAUACCCAGAUAAGCUGCCAAGUCCCGGAGGGCAAGGGACACAACCUCCCGGUCGAGGUGUGCGUGAAUGGCCAGUGGUCCGACCCCGACAAUCGCGUAGCCUGCUUCUCGUACAAAGUUGAGGGUGCUCCAAAGAGGCCGCAGCGGAUUGGUCCAUAUGUUACACCGCCCUCAAUUUCGGAAGCUGAGCCUAUUUUCAAACAGUGGCGGUUGAGCACCUACUACGAGCGGAAGGAUCCUAUGGCCAGGAAAGAUGUCCAUGGGAACGAUUUCACGAAGGAGAGUGUACGAGCUGCACAGGAAGCAUAUAAAAAGCUGACGCUCGGGUUAGCCGAACUCAGUGAGAAGAAAAAAAACGAAAUACUGAACAGGUGUAUAUUCGGCUGGCAGAAGCUGAAAGCUGAGCGUGGACUUACCGAAGCCCCUGCACAAAAGAGAGCCAGAACAACUGCUUAGCCUUGCUUCUCUCUGGCAUCCGGAUAAGUGCCAACACUUUCGCCAUGCGGGUGA